AUGGAGUUUUUCGACUUUCUCCUUCAAGUCGGGCUGGGGACGGGUGUUCUUGUGGCGUAUUUGAUAUUUUUUAAAAGAUCGUCGCCAAUCAAGUUCAAGGGCAACUACCGCGAGCCAGGUUGGAACUAUGUAUUCCGUCAGCUGCUCGCUAGAUUUGCAGUAAAAAGAUGGAAGUCGAAGUUAAAAACUAAUAACGUAACUGAGCGACCUCGGAGCGACCUAGCGGAGGGUUGGGAUGCUAUUAACAUUAGGAGCUCAGCAUCUGACGGCUCUGCAGUUCUGCUGACUGUAAGAAAAGUAUACGGCAAACAAAAUCUAGCCGAAGUUUCGGUCUAUGUAAAACUGUCUGAUGGUACGGCGUAUAAGUUGCCUCAACAUCCAGACACCGCGGUGGAUGUGUUUGAAUCCAUUGACAACGGUUGGAGCGCCGGCGGGUUGAAGAUAUACGUCUUGGAAGAGAAAAAACGCUUAAGGAUCCUGUACAACGGUCUACUCAGAAGAGAUACGGAUGAAGUUAUACAACAUUGCAGAUUUAGUUUUAUUUGGACAUCAGCUACCAGCGUAGUACGGCAUCCGGAAGACUGGAGCAACGAAUUAGCAGCACAAGCUCUUUCUUUGGAGCCCUGGCGGAAUGACAAAUGGCCUUACACUCUUGAAAAAUGGGGUGGAGGCAACUGGUUGCAAUGGGGAACAAUUCAAGGUCGCUUCACGUCAUGUACGGAAGGCUCUAUUGAUCAGACGGAAUACUUGCGAUUGCGUGGUGUCAGAGACCGUAGCUGGUCUCCGCAAGGUUACCGGGGCUUGGUGCGGUCUGUGGUUAUUACUGCAAUUGCAACAGAUGGAACCGGAGUGCAGCUGCGUGGCUUAUCUUAUAAAGAAGUUUUGACAAUUUGUUUCUACGGCAGCGUGAGACUCCCGAACUACAAAGUACAGAGCUUAACAGACACGGAUUUAGUGUUGUUAGAGUUCUGUGAGCACUCUGAUGGAAUUCCCAAAGUUCACACUAUAAAUGUUAGCAGCAAGAACCGCGACUUUAAUAUAGUACUGCGUAUUAACCAAGACGGCGGUAGACUGUUCAGCGGAGCUCCUUACCAACAUGAGGUGGUGUAUCGCACUGCGAGCGUCUUAAUCAAUGGUGUACCUGGUACCGCCAUAUUAGAACUUGGCUAUGAAACCUCUGUGAAAUCAAGUCCGCCGGUAGACCUCUCACCACAGCGUUUCAAGUGGCUAAGUGAAAAGGAUGCAGGUGAGGUGGGGUAUUGCGUUCCAUUUGAAGCGUGCGCGGCUGCCUGCACCACCUAUGUGGGCGGCAAAGGAGCGUCUUUGGUGUUGCUCGCUAGUGUGCAGGAACAACAAGACUAUAGAGUUCCUCCAGGUUUUUGUGUAACUACAAAAGCUCUGGAGAAACACCUACAAGCGAACCCUGGCAUAAGAUCUGCCAUUGACGCCAUUGCAGCUGCUAAUGAAGAUUACGAAGAAAAUAAUUUCCGAGAUAAAUGUAACACGGCAGUAGACUUAUUCGUCAACACCGAUGUCUUAGAUGAAGUGAAAAGUGAAAUUGUUAUCCACCUCAAUGAGCUUCGUAAGAAGGUUAUCGAGCAAGAUUUCGGCCCCGAAUUACGUUUUGCUGUCCGAUCAUCUGCUGUCGGAGAAGACAGUGAAGCGCUAUCGGCUGCUGGGCAAAACGAGACUAUACUGGGUUGUGUUACCGACGAUGACGUGGUCAAAGGCGUGCAGAAGUGCUGGGCAUCCAUGUUUGCUUUCACUAGCGCUCAUUACCGCAGACAAAACGGACAGCCAUGUUUUUGUGGCGGCGGUGUAGUAAUACAGACGCUAGCACCAGCACGCGCAGCUGGCGUCAUGUUCACUAGGCAUCCAGAUGUUGGCGACCCCACGCGGUUGCUUAUCACUGCUAACUAUGGUCUUGGAGAGACAGUGGUAUCUGGAUCAGUGGAACCUGACACAAUUGUAGUAACACGUGGCACCGAUGACGAGCUGGUAAUAUCGAAGAUCACACUAGGAUCUAAACUCAGUCGCGUGACGGCAUCAGGGGAUGGUGUGUCAAAUGAACAAGUGCCAGAAAACGAAAGGAAAGUCCCAUGUGUGUCUGUGUCGGAUAUACUAAGGCUCGCCAGCAUCGGCGUAACGCAGGACAAAAUGUGGGGCGCGGGACGAGAUAUUGAAUGGGCGGUCGUGAAGGAUGAAAUUUUUUUACUGCAAGCGCGGCCGAUUACGUCUUUAGAGCGUUGGAGCGAGGAAGAGCUUCUACACGAGUUGGACACUCCCAUAAUGGCUGAUGAUGAACUUACCACUUUUGCUAACACGGGCGAGGUGUUGCCUAAACCUUUAUCUUCGCUAACUUACGACUUGGUGACGAACCCAUUGUCCCGAGGCAUUUAUGACUUAGUAUAUGGCGUGAACGGCGACCACUACGAUGAUCCUAUCUCGGUCACACAUAACAGAUUAUCGCUGGCUUUGUACAAUAGCGUUUACAGAAUGGUGUCGACAGAAAAACCAGACUUAACGCUUCGUAUGCUUGAGAUGGCAAUACACGGACACAAAGUAGCCGAUGACAAUAUAGUGGCUACAGCUCGGCACAGACAUGCGCCUACGCGCUGGGAAACAUUCAUGCGUACUUUUUACAGUUUCAAGGAUCUCCUGAGAAGUAAGACAGCCAUGAACGAUCAGAUAAAAGUUGUAAAGAGAUACAACCUUCAUUUUGAGACGGACCAUCCCAUAGAGAUUUUGGAAACUAUAAUUAGUUAUGAACAAACGUUCUUAAGGUGUUCGGCUAACCAUGCAAUCACGUCAUCUGCAAGUGCUACUGCUCAGAUGUUGACUAUGCUGGUGUUUGUUGAAGGCAGCUCAGAUUUUACACCGGAGCAGUGCAACGAAGUGAACGUCCUUUUAAGUUCAGGCGGCGUACUGUCUGCCGAAGUGCCUCAAGCUCUCGCCAACUUGACACGGGAACUGGAAAAAUCUGGCCAAGCGGAGGAGUUCCGAAAACAAAGUCCUAAAGUAGCCCUGAAUUGGCUAAAAAACCAUAUACCAAACGUGUAUACAUUAGUUACUAAAUUUUUGGAUGAACAUGGCCACAGAGCUAUUAUGGAGUUUGAUCUUGCUACAAAACCAUGGGUGUUGGCACCAGAAAGGAUGAUGGAGGUAUUGCAGAAUAUGUCGAACCAAGAAAUCCAAGUCACAAAAAGCAACGCUGAUAUCGUUACGUCUGUGAAGACUCCAAAGAAAGUCAGUACUAGAAAAAUGUUAAGCUGGCUAAUUCCGCUAUGCCGUCGUACGGUACGCCACAGAGAAACCACGAAAGCUUAUUUAAUCCUUGCGGUGCAUAAAAUGCGAGUAGCGAUUCGUCACCUGGGAAGAGUAUUGGUGAAGGAAUGGUACUUGCCUGACGAAGAUCUGAUCUUCUAUUUCCGAUUAGCGGAACUCCGGGACUUCAUUAUGACCAGGGAUCCUGCUUUGUUGAGGAAGGCUAUUCAGCGUCGUCAGUUUUAUCCGUCAUGGUGCAGGCUCAAGUUCGCGGAACUGUACAAGGGCUGGGUGCAGCCUCUACAGAGCGAAGGGCUUUCAGUAAUACCAGGAGAUGUUAGAUUAGAAGCCACGACAGUUUGCGGAGGCGAUGUUAUUGGUAGAGCUUGUGUUGUUACUGACCUGUCCGAGAUUGGCGAGUUGCAAUGUGGUGACGUGCUGAUAACGCACUCUACCGACAUAGGGUGGUCUCCCUACUUCCCUCUACUGACCGGCAUUGUUACAGAACUAGGCGGUCUUAUUUCACAUGGGGCAGUGAUAGCACGAGAGUACGGAUUGCCAUGCAUCGUUGGAGCAGAGGGCGCCACAGAAAUGUUUCGUACCGGUGACAUGGUGCGACUCUCCGGCGCCAAAGGAUUUAUUGAGAAAGUACAAUUAGAUAAACAAGCUGAACCGUGAUCAAAAUUGAAGUAUUGUUGGUGGUGGUAAUAAUAUUUUAACAA